UUUUAGGAGAAAAUUAGUGAGAUGAAUUUAGCAGAAAAAUGAGUGAAUGGACUGUAUGUACCAUUGGUCCACCAUCCAUCUAUCCUCUGCCGUUCUUCUAAAGAAUCUUUCAGGCCAAACUCAUGAAUCUUUCAUUGAUUUCACCAUCAUCAAGACUCCAACAGUCCUCAGCAAAGGAGGGUUUCCUGUAAAAGACCUAGCUCUGCGAAUUCUGUUUCUCGUCGGCGCAUAAGCUUUGAUUUUUGUGCAAUGGAACCGUCUUCUUCGUCUUCGGUGAUAACUCCGGAAGAGGUUUUGGAGACGAUGAUGAACGACGGCACAAUUGAUUCCAUCCGAUUGAAAAUCAUCACCCACCUCAAAGCCAAUGAAGAACUGAAGAACACAACCAUAAAAAUGGUGGAACAGAGUAAGGUUCUGAACACUCCUGGGGCUGAGAAGCAGACAAAGAGGGAGCUUUUCGAUGCGCUUCGUCAAGAACUCGAGACUUCGGUGCUUGAGAAAGCUUCAAAGUCAGUUUGGGAGCUCAUAUUGGAUCAAAAUGGGAUAGGGAAGGAGAUAAGUGGGACAGUUGAGGACGUGUUUUGUCGUUUGAGUGGUCGCGAACCGCCAUUGUUUCCUGCAGCCAGUGAAUCCAAACCAGAGAAAGAUGAUGGCGACGCGGAAGAGAGGGAAGCCGAGAAGAAGGGUAGUUCGGACAUUUCAUCAAAGAAGAGAAAACUCCAUGAUUUGGGGAAGAAUACUGAAGAGGGAGAGGGAGGCGGCAUUUGUGUUUCUGCUCCCAACACAUCGCAUGACAAUUCAACACCUGAAGCAGUUGAUGACUCCUCCAACACCAAAAUGUCCACGCCAAGCACGGCAAAACCAUAAGAAUUAAGGUUUGGGUACCCCCAAUUUCGACGCCACUCUUUUUUGCAGAUAUUUACAGACAUGGAACAGUGCUCAUCUGCAAGAAAGGGGUGUCGGAAUUUGAUACCCCAUAGCAUUAUUUUAGCCUUAACGCUUGAUGCCCGAUUGUCCCCAAUGUUUUUUUCUCUUCCCGUUAGGGCCGGUUCUAUAAAAUUUGUGGCCUUGAGCACUAGAGUUGUUUUUGCCUUGUGCUAUCAUGUGUUCUUUUAGAACAAUUUGUUAUUACUAGUUGUUACAGUCAUUAGAGUAAUUUUUUAAAAUAAAGUUUUAAUGCAAAU